CCGCCGCCAGCCCGCCAGCUCUUCCGGGAGCUCAGGGCAUGAACGGCUACGGUUCCCCCUACCUGUACAUGGGCGGCCCGGUGUCGCAGCCGCCGCGGGCGCCCUUGCAGCGCACGCCCAAGUGCGCGCGCUGCCGCAACCACGGGGUGCUGUCCUGGCUCAAGGGUCACAAGCGCUACUGCCGCUUCAAGGACUGCACCUGCGAGAAGUGCAUCCUCAUCAUCGAGCGGCAGAGGGUCAUGGCGGCGCAGGUGGCGCUGCGCCGGCAGCAAGCUAACGAGAGCCUCGAGAGCCUCAUUCCCGACUCGCUGCGUGCUCUGCCCGGCCCCCCGCCGCCGGGGGACGCCGCCGCUGCCGCCCCGCAGCCGCCGCCCACCUCGCAGCCGUCUCAGCCGCCGCCGCCGCAGCGUCCCGCCGCCGAGUUGGCUGCGGCUGCCGCGCUGCGCUGGGCCACCGAGCCGCAGCCCGGGGCGCUGCAGGCGCAGCUCGCCAAGCCAGAUUUGACUGAGGAGCGACUUGGGGACGGCAGCUCCGCAGACAACACAGAGACCUUCAGCGACAAAGACACCGACCAGAGGAGCUCCCCAGAUGUGGUGAAAAGUAAGGGCUGCUUCACCCCGGAGAGCCCCGAGGUCGUGUCUGUGGAUGAAGGCGGGUAUGCGGUCCAGAAGAACGGAGGCACCUCCGAGAGCCGCCCCGACAGUCCCAAGUACCACGGGGAACAGAAUCACCUCCUGAUCGAGGGCCCCUCGGGGACCGUUUCUCUGCCCUUCAGCUUGAAAGCCAACAGACCGCCCCUGGAAGUGUUAAAAAAAAUCUUCCCCAACCAGAAGCCCACGGUGCUGGAGCUCAUCCUGAAGGGCUGUGGGGGCGACCUGGUGAGCGCCGUGGAGGUCCUCCUCUCCAGCCGCUCCUCGGCCUCGGCCGCCGACCGAACUUCGGCAGAGCCCGAGAGCCUCGUGUUGCCCUCCAACGGGCACAUCUUUGAACACACCUUGAGCUCAUACCCCAUCUCCUCUUCCAAAUGGUCCGUGGGAUCGGCCUUCAGGGUCCCAGACACGUUGAGGUUUUCCGCAGACUCUAGUAACGUUGUCCCCAACCCCUUGGCCGUGCCCCUGCAGCAUCCUUUCCCCCAGCCGCCCCGGUACCCUCUGAUGCUGAGGAAUACUUUGGCAAGAAACCAGUCGAGCCCCUUCCUGCCCAAUGAUGUCACCCUGUGGAACACCAUGACGCUGCAGCAGCAGUACCAGCUGAGGUCCCAGUACGUCAGCCCUUUCCCCGGGAGCUCGCCCAGCGUCUUCAGAAGCUCGCCUGUCCUUCCCACGCGCGCCCCCGAAGACCCUCGGAUCUCCAUCCCUGACGAUGGGUGUCCGAUUGUGUCAAAGCAGUCUCUUUACACCGAGGAUGACUAUGACGAGAGGUCCGACUCCUCAGACUCUAGAAUACUCAACACAUCAUCUUAAAGUGGUACCGGGUGGCUGGUGACCAGGUGACAUUUUCUGUGCAUUUGAACUCUGACCCCCUGCCCUCCCCAGGAGAGGCCUCGUCCUGUGUAUACCCUUUCCUUCUGUUUGACAAAGUGACUGUGCUUGAUUCUAUACCUUAGCAAUAAAAACAUAACUUAUUUAAUUUCUUGCACUUCACUGGAAAAUGCCAAAUAGCUCUGCUCUGCGGCUUUAGUGCUGAAUGUUUAUUGUAAAAGAGAGUCUAAUGCUAAGAAUAGUCUUGGGAAAGCUGGGUCCACGGAAGAUUUAUUUGGGGAUGGAAAGCUGAAGGUCAGCCUUGCUCCUAAACUCAACCUGGAAUGUUCAAUAAAAUAGUAUACUUGAAUGCAGUUUUGUAAAAAAGGAUUCCUCAGGAUAUUUGAAACCUAAAGGAAGUGGUUUGGUUGCAAAUGGACCAGAAACAGGGACAUUAUAUUCUUAGGCUAAAAACCUUGCAUUUAAAAGAGAGACUGCACUUAAGAAUAGAGUGAACUGCUCACAUGCUUAUUUAAGCUUGGACAGUUUUCAGAGACAAAUUCCAUUAAGAAUUAUUCUUUUCACAUGACCGAAUCGAAACAUGUGUAAUGUCAAUGUAAAACCAAUCACAGCUGUGAACUGCAUGAAAUGUAUUGUGAAAUGAACACAAGAUUAAGCUUUGUCAGGUUAAUGUAGCAUGCUAAGGACUCUAGAAAAAAAUAAACUAAGGAGAUGA